GAUGAAUUAAAGGAAAAUAAAGCAAUAAAAACGGAUACUAUUUCAUACAAGCGAAAAUUGAUCCAAAAAACAACUGAUCGCAGAGCAAACUAGAAAAAUGCACAAAUCUUAAGUAAAAUGUGAAGCGCAUGGAGAAAGCUCUGAUAAUGCUUGCUCGCACAAGCUGGCUGCUAUGCUCUUCGUGCCCAAAGCUCGAUGAUUGCUCUCUGGAAAGCUUGCUGCGAGCGGCCUUCUCUUUGCACAAGUAAACUCUUUGGGCUGCGACUUUUGAAUCCGAUUCAUUCCACGAACAGCUGUUCGGGUUAUUCGGCUGUGAGGCGCGUAGGGGAAAUGUGUAGAGUCGGAAAACACUAAUCGCUCCACGCCUGACUAGCCAAGAUACCACAGAUAGUACUGUGGGUACAGCCGCCGCAAUUACUGGAUCAAGUCGAAAAGCAACCGCGCCGUUCAAAGUUCAAGAGGCCGACGACGACGGUCGAGAUGGGAACGCUGUCCCUGGCAAAUUACGAGGAGGUGAGAAUAUCGGUGCCCUGGGGUCACAUAUCGGGUCGCUGGCAUGGCAAUCGAACGGAACGACCCAUUCUGGCGAUUCACGGAUGGCUGGACAACCUGGGGACCUUUGACCGGCUGAUACCGCUGCUGCCCGACAACGUGGGAGUGCUGUGCAUCGAUCUGCCGGGCCACGGGAGGUCGUCCCGCCUGCCGCCGGGCAUGCAUUACUCCGUCUACGACUACGUGUUCGUCAUUCCGCGGGUAAUGAAGGAGUACGGAUGGCACAAGGUCUCGCUGAUGGGCCACUCCCUGGGCGGCAUUAUGGCCUUCAUCUACGCGACCCUGGCGCCGCACACGGUGGACAUGGUCAUCUCGCUGGACAUACUGCUGCCCAUUCCCGACGAUGCCAGGGGAAAGGAUGUGGACACGUUCGGCAGGAACAUGGAGAAGCAUCUGGUGGAGGACGAGCGCCAGGAGGAAGGCAACCUGCGCGAGCCGCCCGCCUACACGCUGCCCGAGCUGCGCAAAGUCCUCUCGAAGGGCAGCUACAACUCGGUGCCCCCGAGGGAGGCACAGCAUCUGCUCUACCGCCAGGUGGCCAAGUCGCAGCUCUACCCGGACAGGUUCUUCUUCUCGCGGGAUGCACGGGUCAAGUUCUACUACCACAUCUUCUUGGAAAAAGGACUCGCUGCGGAGAUGGCGAGACGUAUCCAGCGAAAGCCGUAUCUAAUCAUCAAGGGCUCCCUGUCGCCCUUUGUGGGACCCCACUGUGACGAGGCCAUCGCCAUUCUGGGCAAAAACAAUCCCCACUUUGAGCUGCACGAAGUGCAGGGCGGCACUCAUCACGUCCAUCUGCACGCCGCCGAAGAGUGCGCCCAGUACAUUGGGCCCUUCAUCAGACACCACCGUCCUCCCAAUCUGACCACCUGGUCUCUGGCGGGCAGAGGGGAGCAGCUCAGCUCCAAGGAGCGCCGACAGGCCCAGGAGCAGUUCUUCGCCAGGAGCAAGCACAGCAAACAGAGAAGCAAACUGUGAGAAGAGUCGCUUUCAAAGUGCCCGAAAUAGAUUUGUAUAAUCAUAAUUUUAGCAAUAGUUUCGCACUAAAAAGAUAUAGUUUAUUCCGUGCACAGAUCUUGGAGCGGACAUUCGCGAAAAUAAAAAUUAUAAAAA